UGGUAAGAUACAGUGGACUGGUCCUGGGUCCAGGGGAAGAUGCCUGCUAUCCUCGUGGUCACUAACAUGAAGUCUGGACUGCCGAAGCUGAUCCACAGCGCCCUCCCCAUCCCACAGGUGCCCACCCGAGCUGUGGCCCCCCGGCCCUGUUUCGCCAGCCCCCCGCAGAGCAGUGCUCACCUCCACCUCGGGAGCCAAGGCGGGUGGGGAACAGGCAAAAACCAACAUCCUGCUGACAGUGGAGAGGACACACAGAUCUACACGGACUGGGCGAAUCACUACUUGGCCAAAUCGGGACACAAGCGGCUGAUUAAAGACCUGCAGCAGGACGUGAGUGACGGCGUGCUGCUGGCUGAGAUCAUCCAGGUCAUCGCAAAUGAGAAGAUUGAGGACAUUAAUGGAUGCCCUAAGAGUCGUUCUCAAAUGAUUGAGAACAUUGGUGUCUGUCUGAGCUUCCUAGCAGCCAAAGGUGUGAACAUACAGGGACUUUCAGCUGAAGAGAUCCGGAAUGGCAAUCUGAAAGCCAUCUUGGGGCUUUUCUUUAGCCUGUCUCGAUACAAGCAGCAGCAACAGCCGCAGACGAACAGACAGACACACACGCAACACACACAUUCACACGCUCCCUUAAGCCAGCAGAGCAGCGCUCCAGCCCAGCUGACCUCCACCUCGCAUGGGACGCACACACAAAAAUCACAGCCAGAGAUGCAGUCCAGGGAUGGCUCUCAGAGUAAACUCAAGUUUUCCAUUGGUCAGAAAAAGUCUUCUAGAUUACCUGGCCCCACCUCGAGGAUGUCCACUGCGGGCAGUGAGAGUUCUCCUCGAGGGUCCAUCAGUUCAGCAGGGAAUCGCCGCAGUCAGGUGUUCAGUGAUAAAGCCAAACCUGCAGCAGCUCCGGCCAAAGAAUCAUCAGAGUGUGUCACCUCACACGGCAUGACUGAGCACACUCUGUCAUCCCUGGCAUCCGCCUGCACCUCUGUUAGCACCAGCACUGUGGCAUCUUCAUCUUCAUCGUCAGCCAUCCCCCAGCCCAACUCGAGUAGCAAACCCUGGAGAAGCAAAUCUCAGAGCACCAAGCACACUGCUACCUCCACCGCUCCCGCCACGGUGCUUUCCAUCAAACCAGAUCUCCAAGCCAAGCAGCCCGUGCCUGCAGAGCCACCACCAAAAGCUGUGCCUCAGAAGUCCAUGCUGGAAAAACUAAAACUUUUCAACAGCAAAGGUGGCUCCAAGUCAUCCACGCCAGCAGAGGGCGCCGUUACGCCAACAGGAGGAAAAGAUGCCGCUUUGGUUUUAGAAAGAGUCGGGGCUGGUUCCAAUACAGAACCCAUUGAGGAAAUGGAUGGUAACGUCAGACCCACGAAUGGAUCGAGUGCUAUUACCAUGACAACCAGCAGCCCAAAGAUUGCGUUAAAGGGCAUUGCACAGCGGACACUUAGCCGGGCGCUCAUGGCGAAAAAAGCCUCAACUAAAUCAGUAGAGAAAGAAAAGGAAAAAGAACGAGCUAAGGAGAAAGACAAAAACGGGAAAGAGGGCUCAAAGCGUGUCCCUGCCUCGGAAAAGGUAGAGAACAAAGAGGAAGUUAAGGAGGAAGUUGUUCCCUCAAGCAAAGUUGCUCCCUCCGAGGCAGAGCCCAGGAAAGCCUCCAGGAUCGCCAGCUUUAUACCCAAAGGCGGCAAGGUGGGAGGUACCAAGAAAGAUAGCUCCGCCCCUGUGCAAAGCGGAAUUCCAAAACCAGGAAGUAAAAACUCAGGAAAUGGAGCAGUAAAGAGUUCAGCGUUGCCCCUCGGUGGUAAAGACAAUGAGAGGCCCCGCAGUAUGCGUCUGGGAGAGGGUCUGGGACUUCAUAGGGACAGCCGGCAUUCCUCGUCCUCUUCCAGCCUGGCUUCCACUGAGGGGAAAGGACACCACAGCGCCGCCCCGUUGGCCAAUGGAACACAUUCUACAGCCAGCAACACAGUCAGUGUGCAGCUGCCUCAACCCCAGCAGCAGUACAGCCACCCCAACACAGCCACCGUAGCACCCUUCAUGUACAGGUCUCAGAAUGAGGCAGAUGGAAACAUUGGCACAAACCCAAGCUCUGGAUGUCGUAGUAAUGACUCCAGUAGCUUCAGUAAGAUCAACCAGUCUUCUACUGAGGACCUGUCAGGUGAAGAUCCAGAGACCAGACGACUGAGAACUGUCAAAAAUAUUGCUGACCUGCGGCAGAAUUUAGAAGAGACCAUGUCAAGUUUGCGGGGGACACAGAUCACACACAGUACACUGGAGACCACUUUUGAUGGUGGUGUUACUACUGAAAUGAGCAGUCGCAGCAUCCUCAGCAUGGCAUCUCGACCCACGCCGCUGUCCUGGGCCAGUCGCAUGGGCCAGUCCAGCCCCCGUCUACAAGCAGGAGAUGCUCCCUCAGUUGGUAACGGCUAUCAGUCCCGCAGCGGAGGUGUGGCGUCCGGCCAAGGCCGGUAUCUGUAUCAGGCUCCUCUACGGAAGCAGCUGGCAGCACGCGGCAGCGCCCUCUGUGGUCUGGAGCUGGGAGACAGGGCGGAGGAUCUGGAGCUGGCAGGUGUGGGGCUGGAAAUGAGCGGCUACAUGAGUGAUGGAGACGUGCUGGCUAAGAACGCACGCACUGAUGAGCUGACCAGCGGGUACAUGACGGAUGGGGGGUUGAGUCUGUAUACGCGGCGAUUGAACCGGAUGCCGGAUGGAAUGGCAAUGGUACGGGAAAGUCUGCAGCGUAAUGCCUCCACCGGCCAGGGAGACGCCGACAGUUGGGAUGACAGUAGUUCCGUCAGCAGUGGGAUCAGUGAUGCUAUUGAUACUGAUGACAUCAACACCAGCUCCUCCAUAAGCUCUUACGCCAACACCCCCGCUGCGUCCCGUAAGGGCCUGAACGGACAGCCUCAGACAGAUGCAGAGAAGCAUUCAGCAGCCGAACACAACACUGCUUGGUCCAGUGAUGAAGUUAAGAAGUCAGACGGGGGUUUGGAUUGCGGCAUCAAAAUGGAAGCAGGUCUGAAGUGGCGGCGGAACCCUUCAGAUGCUUCGGAGGAGUCUGAUAAGAGCAGCUCUGGACGGAAAACAGCACCCAUCACUCAGACGGGCUCCUGGAGGAGGGGCAUGAGCGCACAGGUGGGCGUGACCGCACCGCGGACGAAAAGUACAACAGUAACCACGGCAACCGGCAUGAUUAAGACACAAGGGACAGAUAAAACAGAUGACGCUAAGGUCUCCGAAAAAGGCCGCAUGUCUCCCAGUUCCAACAUCGUCCAGCAUUCCUCCUCCGACGCCGGUCGAAGCAGCGGAGACGAAGCCAAGAAAACACCCGCAGGCCGAGUCCCCACAAGCACAUUUGGUUUCAAGAAGCCCAAUGGCGUCCACGGCCCGGCCACUGUGGUAACCACCUCCAGCAUCACUCUGGUGACAGCAAGCGGCGCCACCAUUACCAGCGGCUCCGCCACCCUGGGCAAGAUUCCCAAGUCCUCCGCCCUUCUGGUCGGUGGGAGAGGGUCGUUAAAAGGGGCUGUGGAUGGUUUAUUGCCUCCUCAGGAGGAUGGCUACCUGUCCCCCAGUGCUCGUUCAACACUGCAGUACCGAAGUCUACCUCGACCCUCUCGUUCCGGAGCUGCGGCCCGCAAUGGAAACCGAUCGUCCACUAGCAGCAUUGAGUCAAGCUUGAGUUCCCGAACACCUGUCCUUACUGCUGUCACGGCCAGCAAACCGAAAGAUUCUGCCACUAAAACCAACGGGCACAUAAUCCAAGCCAAUCAGACGGACAAAGAGAAGAACGUGGCCUCAGAGAUGAACAACCUGAGAACCAAUCCGAUUGUUUCGGGAGGAGGGGCGGCAACUAUUCCACAGACAGCGAGACAGGGAAACAAGUAUAGUGAGGUCUCGUCUCCAACAUUGCGAAGACUUUUUGGAGGUAAGGCUGCUAAACAAGCCCCGGUCACCACUGCAGAGAGCAUGAAAAACUCAGUCGUCAUUUCCAACCCCCACGCUACCCUUGGGCACACCCAGUCCUCCGGUGGGCCCUUGGACUCCCCCUCCACAAUACCAGGCAGCGGCAGCAGCAGUCCUCUGUACGGGGGUCGUGGUGCCAUCAUAGGGGGCAGCGAACAAGCUUCGAGCCCUGGUUCGGUGUACUCAACAGGCACUGGGACUUGGGGCACCACCAUCAGCAGCUCUUCGGCUCUCGGCUACCCCUCCGUCAGCAGCAUGCACACCAGCAGCGAGUCCAUCGACAUGUCAGUGGGCAGCGGGCAUCACCGUGACGAUGUUCACCCAGUACUGAUGAGAAUGGGUAGUGCUAAGACAGGCAUGUCAGAGAGUCCCCUCUCCUCUCCCUCUGCGAGUCCUAAAUUCAGCCGUAACACAUUGCCACGGAAUCAAGACAGGUAUGCCCCUUCACCACAGCUGCGUCAGGAAGAGGCACGUGAUUGGCUGCGUUUACAUUCGGCUGGUGGUUUGCAGGACUCAGCCAGUAACUCUCCCUUCUCCACCGGCUCCAGCUUGACGUCACCAUCCGGAACGCGAUUUAACUUUGCUCAACUUGGAAGCCCCACCACAGGUGCUCAGAUUAAUCUGGCCAGCCUGCGCAACAACAGCCUGACCAAUCAGGACAACCCGCUGGACAGCCAUGGUGAUUCCCGUCUGCGCAACUCCUGCAUGUCGCUGGACGAGAAGACGCGCACCAUGAGCCGGUCGGGAUCCUUCAGGGACGGGUUCGAGGAAGUUCAUGGAUCAUCUCUCUCGCUGGUGUCCAGCGCCUCGUCUGUCUAUUCAACGACGGAGGAGAAAUCACAGUCAGAGAUCCGCAAGCUGCGUCGAGAACUGGACACCUCCCAGGAAAAGGUGUCCGCCCUGACAACGCAACUCAGUGCUAAUGCCCACCUUGUGGCAGCGUUUGAGCAGAGUUUGGGCAACAUGACCAUCCGACUUAAGAGCAUCACCAUGACCGCAGAACAGAAGGACUCUGAGCUGAAUGAGUUGAGGAAAACCAUCGAGCUGCUAAAGAAGCAAAACGCAGUGGCUCAAGCGGCCAUCAAUGGCGUCAUCAAUACUCCAGAACUCACCUGCAAGAGUGAACGCACAGGUAAUAAUGGAGCGCAGCCGGACCUGCGCAUGCGCAGACAGCACUCAUCUGACAGCGUCUCCAGCAUCACCAGCGCCACCAGCCACUCCAGCCUGGGCUCCAACAUGGACAACCCCGACUCCAACAGUAAGAAGAAGAAGAAGAACUGGCUGGUGACCUGUGCUGGAGGUGACGUGUCAGAUGAUGAAUAUGAAUAUGAAUACGUGUAUGAGCUGCGGAGCUCCUUCAAACAGGCCUUCAGUAAGAAGAAAUCACCUAAAUCAGCCUCGUCCCACUCAGACAUUGAGGAGAUGACGGAUUCCUCUCUCCCUUCCUCUCCCAAACUCCCUCACAACGGCACCAGCACCUCGGCACUGCUGCUCCGCAACACACACUCCAGCUCAAUACUGUCAGACUGUCUGGAUGGGGAGGCGGAGACUGUGAUGCAGCUGCGUAACGAGCUUCGAGAGAAGGAGAUGAAGUUGACGGACAUUCGACUGGAAGCCCUAAGCUCCGCCCACCAGCUGGACCAGCUGCGGGAGGCUAUGAACCGCAUGCAGAUGGAGAUCGAGAAGUUAAAGGCAGAAAAUGAUUGCCUUAAGUUGGAAGGCCAAGCCAGUGGGAGCAGGGCGUCUUCUCAAGUGUCUGUCUAUAACCCCACCUCGACCCCAACGCCUGGCCUGUCUGAACACAGUCUCAACCUCACAGAGACCACCAGCUUCGACAUGUUGUUGGAUGACUCUGGUGGAGAUGGAAGCUCUCGUAAAGAGAGCAGACACGUGAAAAUAGUUGUCAGUCUUCAAGAGGACGUCACGUGGAAAGAGGACUGCAGGACUCGAGACUACCUGAUUGGCUGCAUUGGUGUCAGUGGAAAAACCAAGUGGGAUGUUCUGGAUGGAGUUGUACGGCGCUUGUUUAAGGAGUACAUCAGGCAUGUUGAUCCGGUCAGUCAUCUGGGUCUGGGUUCAGACACUGUGGAGGGUUAUCGUAUUGGAGACGUGAUCCGGUCCAGCGGAGCACACACACCUGAACUCCUGCCUUGUGGAUACCUCGUGGGAGAGAAUGACACAAUCAACAUCUCGCUGAAAGGUGUGAACUCUCAGUCCGAGGAUUCUCUGGUCUUCGAGACAUUGAUUCCCAAACCCAUGCUCCAGCGUUACGUGUCUUUGCUCCAGGAACAUCGCAGGAUCAUCCUUUCAGGCCCCAGCGGUACUGGAAAAUCCUACCUGGCCCACAGACUGGCAGAGCAUGUGGCGCUGCGAGAGGGCAAACUGCCCAGUGAGAGCAACAUCGUCACCUUCAAUGUCGACCAUAAAUCCAGCAAGGAGUUGCGUCAGUACUUAUCAAAUAUAGUGGAGCAGUGCAGCACUGACGGGCAGGAGACUGAAGCCCCUCUUGUGCUCAUUCUGGACAACCUUCAUCACGUCAGCUCACUGGGAGAGAUCUUCAACGGCCUGCUUAACUGCAAAUACCAGCGCUGCCCGUAUAUAAUCGGCACGAUGAGUCAGGCGACAUCUUCUGCUCCAAACCUGCAGCUUCAUCAUAACUUCAGAUGGGUACUGUGUGCUAAUCACAUGGAGCCGGUAAAAGGUUUCCUGUGCCGGUUUCUGAGGAGGAAGCUGAUCGAGACAGAGAUCGGCAGCCGAACACGUUACCCGGAGCUGGUGAAGAUCAUAGACUGGAUCCCUCAGGUCUGGCACCACCUCAACCGCUUCCUGGAGGCCCACAGCUCCUCUGAUGUGACCAUUGGUCCACGUUUGUUCCUGUCGUGUCCGAUGGAUGUGGACGGUUCUCAUGUUUGGUUCACUGACCUGUGGAAUUAUUCCAUCAUCCCCUACAUGCUGGAGGCUGUGAGAGAAGGCUUACAGCUAUACGGUCGCAGAGCUGCAUGGGAGGAUCCCGCGCUGUGGGUUCUGGAAACUUUUCCAUGGGCAGCUUCUCAUCAACACCCUGAUUGGCCAGCUUUGCUGCAGCUCCGCCCAGAGGACGUGGGCUUCGAUGGAUAUUCUGCCUCCAGAGAGGGCCUUAACAAACAGAGUACUCAGAGUGACAGUGAUGCCGACCCACUGAUGAACAUGCUCCUGCGUCUAAAAGAGGCGGCCAGCUGCUCCAGCCCGCAGAGCUACGACAGCGACUCCAAUAGCAACAGUCAUCAUGACGAUAUCCUGGACUCUUCGCUGGAGUCCACACUAUGAUCCAGCCUGAUCCGUUCUGCCAUUUAAUUCCUCGACUCUAAUGCCAGUCAUUACAUCACAUCUACGGGUGCAGGUAACCCAAAUAAAGAAUGAUGCUUCACAUAUAAAAAGAUAUAUAUAAAAAUAUAUAUAAAUAUAUAUAUAUAUAUACGCCAAAACUCAACGGUACUUAUAGCUGCCUCGUGUAAAUCAUCAGUGUGACUUGUAAACAAAUUAUACAACAAAAUCAGAAAAAAGUGCUUUGUCCCAAUUUUUACCUCAAAAGUAAAAGUGCGGUCACAUUAGCCAAAUUUUAUGGACAAAAAAGGUUCAUUAUCUAUCGUCAAUAAUGAAGCGAUGUAUGAAACACAGCUCACACAAUUCACUUUCAAACCAAACGGUGAAUCCGUGUGACCAACCUGAAUCCACUGCAAAAUCUGCGUGGAUACAUUUUUCACCCUCACACGAAAUUCUUGAUUUCAUGGAUUCCUAUCGAAAUGACUGGAUCAUUUCACCUACAAAAAUUCGCAGAACUUCUGUAAAUGUGAUCGCACCAUAACUGUCGCAGAAACUUUUGCAAACAAUGCAAUGCUCGUUUGUCUUACCCUCUACUGGUGAAAUGGAAGAAUUACAUCUUGGAUCUGAGACUACCAUCUUGGCGUCAGCAUCUCCUUCCUCAUUGACUUUCCCUGUAUUGAUGGACUUGCUUUACAAAAACCAGCUUGAUCGAAUGCUGACCAUCGUUUCAUGUUUUACAUGGUAAGGAUACAGAUGAAAUAGCAUGGUGCUACACUUAUGAUUUUGGACUUAUUUAUUGUGACGAUUGGAAAAAAAUACCUCGUGCUUUUGUUUUGCCCUUCUGCAUUUUUUGUUAAACCACCCGUUCCUUAACUGCUGACCGCAUGUUUCAGUGUUCUACUGUAGCACAAAGCCUAUCUAUCUAUUUUUUACACUCGAUCGCGCUUGGCUUUUGGUGCUGAAUGGAAUCUGGUGCCUUACUCCAUUUUGUAAAGAAAAAAACGGCACUAUGUUUUAUACUUCCGAAAAAUGCAGAUUUUAUUACAGUUCAUAAUUGAACUACAGGGCUCUGCACUAGUCCUUUGAAUUUGCCUAAAAUAAACAGCCUCACAGUCUUCAUAUCAUAUCAGAGGUACUAUAUGUGUGGUUUAGAUAAGAGGAGGUGGAUAAAGGGAGCGACUGUAACCUCCAUCUGUUUUUUUUUGUGACACAGUUAAAGGGACGUUUUACACACUCGAUCCUCAUUAUACGUGAAAUACAUAUGAUCACUACUGGCACAGUUCAUCUUGAGUGGGUCAGCUGCAAGGCUUUGCUUGGUGCUUAAAGACCGUCUCAACACAUCUUGGCAAAAACACAGUGAGAAAUUGUUCAUAAUUUGGUGCAUGAGUAAACCUCAUUGACCAUUUGGGCCUUUUUCAUGUACAUAUCUUGCAGUCAAUGUGAAAGUUUAAGAAACGUCCACAUAGUCAUUGGAUCAAUAAUAUACUGUAUUUGCUGCUUUGUAAUGCAAGGACGCUUCUGGAGGAUUUGUACAUAAACUUUUAUCUUGGAUUCUCUAUAAAGGAACAUUAUUUGGAUGGAUAGUGAGUUUCACUGCAUGGGAAAGCAUAAUGUAUGGGGCUAUUCAGUGUUUUCUCCUUCAUUACAUUGUCGAAUGCUGUUUGUAUGGCACUGCAGGGUUUUAGUUACACCAUUGCUUUUAUUUCACUCCAGUGUGAUUCCUGUCAGUCAUCGCUCCUAUGCAAAAUCAUCGUGGAUUUCAAAUGGAAGCCAAAUAUCGUAGCUCUGUAAUGCUGUCAGCACUGCCAAUAAGUUGUGUGCACACUGUGUAUAUAAUUUGUGAAUAAUUUUAGGAUAUGUGCCUAAUAUUAAUUUUCUUUGAUGGAUUAUGAUGAUGAUGAAGUCAUUUUAAGCACAAAUGCUGUAUGUGAUUGUUGUAACUGAAAUGGGAGGGCUAUAAUUUGAUUUCAUGUCACUGAAUGUGUAUGUCGUUUCUGGCUGUAAUAUAUCCAUGUAAAUAUUUGACUACCCUGCCGGCUGCAUUUUGAUGAAUAAUCUUUUUCUAGCCAUUUAUAACAGUGCUUGGAAAUAUGGAAUAUUUUGUGUACAGUGUCUUUUUCAUCUUAACAGUCCCACGGAUGGUCUGAGAAACACAGACGACCCAUAAAGACUUACUGAUCACAUCACCAGUUUUAAAUUAUUUGUAAUUCAAUAAACCUAAUAAUUAUUUAUUAA